UCAUAUCAUAUGCCUCAAGCUGCUUUCUUAUUAGAGAGAUCAGAGAGAGAGAUCAGAUAGAGAACAUGGAGGCCGAGGAAGCAAAGGGAGUGGCGAAGCACGUAUUUAUAGCAAAGUUCAAAGAUGGAACUUCAGCUGCACAGAUUGAGCAACUCAUCAAAGAUAUGGCCAACCUCGUCAACCUCAUCCACCCAAUGAAGUCUUUACACUGGGGCAAGGAUGUGAGCCCUUGGAACAAGAAUGAAGGUUACACUCAUGUGUUUGAAUGCAACUUUGAGAGUAUGGAGGGAAUUGCAGAGUAUGUUGCUCAUCCUGCCCAUCUGGAAUACGCAAAGAGCCUCCUUCCUUGCGUGGACAAGUACAUUGUGUUUGACUACAAUCUCAGUACUACUCGGCCGGCGGCCAUCAUCUAGAUCAUCAUCAUCAUCAGCCCUGCUUCAACUGCUUGCUUGCUAGCUUCAAUAAAUAAAUAUAUAUAUAUAUAUAUCAUGUAAUGAUCUCUAGCUAGCUAGGGAAUUAAUAAGCUGGACAUGCACGUCCAAGUGAUCUUUUCUAAUUAAUUAUAUUAUUAAUAAUGCAUGCUAGCUUAAUUAUAAUGAACUUAUUUGAAUUAAUUAUGUAGGUACGUGCAUGCAUGAUCAUGAUCUGUAACUCAUGAUCAUCUCAAUAAAUCAUGUACGUUCUCGAAUCUAUAUUAUAUAUAUGAUAUUCGAUCAUAUUCAA